AUGGCGCGGGUUCUGGUGUUGAUGAUCGCCUGCCUGCUGGCGGCCAGCUUCCCCGUGAGAGGCAGGCUCAUCCUGCAGGCGGCCCCAGGUCCAGUCACUGUGACCCAGCCAGUGAGAGAUGCGGCAGACACCGCAAGCGGCGCCGUCAGCGGGGCACUCAACACCGCUGCCGACGCUAUUCGCAGCGCCCUAGGCUGA